AUGACAAAGACCCCCCAGUCUGUGUGCAGUGAGAGCUGUAACCUUGGAUACAGGAAGACAAUUGAGGAGGGAAAGGCUGUCUGCUGCUUCAUAUGUUCCCAGUGCCCAGAAGGAGAAGUUUCUAAUCAAAUUAAUGUGGACCAUUGUGAGAAGUGCCCAGAAGAUGAGUAUCCAAAUAAGAAUAGAGAUCACUGCUUCCCAAAGAUCGUGACCUUUCUGGAUAUUACAGAACCUUUAGGGACGACUCUGGCAUUGGUAGCUAUUUCCUUCUCUCUCCUGACAGCCUUGGUUCUGAGGGUUUUUGUGAAGUUUCAAGAUACACCUAUAGUCAAGGCCAAUAACCGGGCUCUCAGCUAUGCUCUCCUCAUCUCCCUCACCUUCUGUUUCCUCUGCUCCCUGCUCUUCCUUGGUCGUCCCACUGCAGCCACCUGCCUCCUCAGACAAACAAUUUUUGGAGUCGUCUUCACUGUGGCUGUGUCCUCCAUUUUGGCCAAAACCAUUAUGGUGGUUCUGGCCUUCAGAGUUACAAGACCAGGGAGGAGAAUCAGGAUGUGGGUACAAUCUAGAGUAUCCAACUUUAUUGUCCUCAUCUGCUCUGGGAUUCAAGUGAUUCUCUGUGGCAUCUGGCUGGGAACUUCUCCACCAUUCCCAGAUUUAGACCCAUAUUCUGAACCUGGUCACAUCAUCAUUCAAUGUAAUGAGGGCUCUGAUAUUGCCUUUUAUUGUGUCCUGGGCUACAUGGGCUUCCUGGCCCUGGGCAGCUUCACAGUGGCUUUCCUGGCCAGAAAUCUGCCUGAUACCUUCAAUGAAGCCAAGUUCAUCACCUUCAGCAUGCUGGUGUUCUGCAGUGUCUGGGUCUCCUUCCUACCCACGUACCAGAGUACCAGGGGCAAAGCUAUGGUUGUUGUAGAGAUCUUCUCCAUCCUGGCCUCCAGUGCUGGCUUACUGGGCUGUAUCUUUAUUCCCAAGUGUUAUGUGAUCCUAUUGAGACCAGAAAGGAACACCCAAGAAAGGAUAAAGAAAAAAGUGCAUUUGAAGGGCUGA